AGCUAUUUUGUCUUUCUUCCUAACUAGGAUUACUUCUUUCAAACUUAUCCUCUUCUGUUUCAAUAGAGGUUAUGAGGUAGAGGAGAUUUUUAAGCAGCUAUAUUUAGCUACAUCUUUUCAAGAUUUCUGGGGUAGAAGAUGGAAUCGUUAUUCAUCAAAAAUGUUGAGGUUAGCUAUCUAUGAUCCAAUUCUUGAAACCUUACUCAAGAUAUUGCCAACUGUGAAUACUUUUGUGGUAUCUGCUAUAAUGCACGAGCUCAUUUUUUACUAUAUUACAUGUGGUUUAAAACCUUCAUGUGAAGUCAUGUGGUUCUUUGUGUUGCAAGGGUUUUGCAUCUCUAGUGAAAGAAUGUUCCAGGCCGGCUCAGCACAGUAUCAAUCAAGCUUCAUGGGCCACGAGGCUUACUUGGGCCGAGCUUAA